CACCAAAACACAGAUACAAGACCAAUUUAGACCAUCUGGAUCCAAAUCAUUUAGGUUAGACCCUCUUUGUAAGUGGGAGCGUUAGGGAAGGCUUUUCGAGGUAGAAGGUGCGGUGGCAGUGGCAACUCAAAAUACUCUGUCGACUUUGAAUCCUGUCGUGCCAGUGUAAAACCAUACAUUGCUCUGAACAAAGCCGUGGACAUAAUCCAUUACAGUUUGUGUUUUGUUAUCAAUCGUUAUUGACUUGAACUUGCUCGAAGACUCAGUUAAUCAGUGAUCAUGGCUGUGAACAGAACAAAGGUGGCUAUUGGGUUUUUAGUCGCAGGGAUUCUGACGGUAGUUUUUGGGACUGUUCUUGUAUUUGUUGGACCAGUAAUUAUUGACGACCAAAUUGUAAAGAAUACAAUAAUUGACCCGAGUAAUGAAAUGACCUACACGAUGUGGAAAGAUGUCCCAGUUCCCUUCUACAUGUCUGUUUAUUUCUUCAACGUUCUCAACCCUAAAGAAAUCCUCUUGGGAGAGAAGCCCAUGGUGGAACAGAAAGGCCCAUAUGUCUACAGGAAGCGUAUUCAGAAGCAAAACAUCACGUUCCACCCCAACGAGACAGUGUCGUAUCUGGAGUAUCGGUCCUAUUACUUUGAGCCCGACAUGUCUGCGGGGAAUGAGUCGGACGUGGUCACCAUACCCAACAUGUUGGUGUUGGGGGCAGCAGUCAUGAUGGAGAACAUGCCUUAUGCUGUGCGCCUGAUGAUCAGCACCACCUUCAAGACCUUCAACGAAGGGCCCUUCCUGUCCAAGCCGGUGGGAGAGCUGAUGUGGGGAUACGACAGCAAGCUGGUGGACUUCCUCAAUAAGUGGCUUCCCGGAAUGCUGCCUUCCAGCGGCAAGUUCGGCCUGUUCUCCGAGUUUAAUAACUCCAACACCGGUCUGUUCACCAUUCACACUGGCAGGGAUGACAUAAGGAAGGUCCAUAAAGUGGAUUCGUGGAAUGGCUUAACAACGCUGCCGUACUGGAAGACCCCUCAGUGUAACAUGAUCAACGGGACAGCAGGACAGAUGUGGCCCCCUUUCAUGACCCCGGAGUCCACCCUCCCCUUCUACAGUCCCGACGCCUGCAGGUCCAUGGAGUUGGUGUAUCAGCGUCCUGGCGUUAUGAAGGGGAUCCCCCUGUAUCGCUUCGUGGCGCCCACAACCCUGUUCGCCAACGGAAGCGAUUAUGCUCCCAAUGCAGGAUUCUGUCCCUGCCGACAGUCUGGCAUCCUCAACGUCAGCAGCUGCAGACAGAACUCUCCAGUGUUCAUCUCCCAUCCUCACUUCUUCAACGCUGACCCCAUCCUGCAGAGCUACGUCCAAGGCCUCCACCCCACAGAGGAGGAGCAUGGCCUCUUCAUAGACAUCCACCCUGAGACUGGUGUCCCUCUGAAUGUGUCCAUCCGUCUGCAGCUCAACUUAUUCAUGAAGACCGUUUCAGGAAUCACCGAGACGGGGAAGAUCUCCGAUGUGGUGAUGCCCAUGAUCUGGUUUGAGGAGAGUGGAUACAUCGACGGGCCCAUCCUGGACACGUUCCACACUAACCUGGUGGUGUUACCAGCAGUGAUGGAGUACAUGCAGUACACCUUCAUUGGCCUGGGCCUGGUCACUAUCCUAGGCGCUAUACUGCUGGGACUUCGACACAAGAACGUUAAGACGGAAGCAUUCGAGUCUACAGUUAUACAGAACCCUGGGGCGACCGAUAAAGACACUGUAAAUGCCAAAGGCGCCCAUGAAACACAGAAGGACAAAUGUAUCAUGAAAGACACAGAUCAAACCAUGUGAUACACUCCUGGAUGCCAGUCUAAACACCUCACCCAGCGAAAAGACCCCUCUCCUGCAGGGUGGUGUGGACUGAGUGACAUCACGCUCGUGCACACCCACACACAUGAACACAAAGAUGGUGCCUUUUUACAAAAGGGACUUCAACACGUACCACUGAAACACUCUUCCUGACAUCCAGACCACACACCUGGGUCUCUUCUAGGUUUGAGAUUCCUUCCUACUGGUGUAUAGAGAGCAAUGGAACUUCAGACUGAGAACACGGAACUGUCUUCCAAGGUAAUGGGUCUAGCUUUGGAAGUCUGUUCUGCUCUGAACCAGUCGGAGUCCUCCUGCUGUUGUCCAACGGGCCAAUGAGGAGCCACUUGCAGAUUAGGUCACUGAGGGGAUGAAAUAUUCUAGUGGUUUGUGGGAGGUUUAGCACUUGGCAGUUUUGAACGGUUUUCUAUUGGGUUAGCCACACAAUGAGAAUUUUCAUGUUUGCGGUAAUUUUAAAUAAAAUGUUUAGCACUUGUCUACAUCAGUGGCUGUUUGAAGAUCUGGGAAACCUUUUUUUUUAUCUAAAAAGCAAAUGUUAACAUCUCAUGGUUAGUGUAUUUUAUGUUUAAUGCCAUAUGCCUUUUUUGUGUGGUUCUGUUUUUGGAAGUGACCAUUUGUUUGUACUUCUCCCUAGUGCUUAAGUAUCAGCCAUAGUGGCAAUAAUUUCCUUUCUAAUGUGGAGCUGGGUUUGUGCAUCCAAAAAGGGUCAUUCGUGUUUUAGAUAUUUGGGGCCUCCAGGGUUUUUGGUGGCUGGUGUCUUUCUCAGGCAAAAGCCAGAGUUUGGAAAGAGAACAGUACUAUAGAUGUUGUGCCCCAGACUUCAAUUCAGACGAAGCACAGUAAAAGUAUUAUGAUAAAUAACUUGUAGGCGAAAUUAGUGCGACUGCCAUCAAUCGCACUAAUCUCAUUUUAUUUUCUUGUGCAAUCAGACCAAGUAUUGAGUUGCCGGAUAUUUAUGCAGUGUUCAAAAUGUUUCAUCAGAAAAAGGACUGUUGUAUUUCUGCCAUAGUUUAUAUUGGGAUUUUGUGCUACUCCACCUAUGUGCCUAGAGUUGUGGUAUGGCCAAAUGCAUCUCAGACCUUCAUCUGCCUGGUAUACUGUAGUGAUGCAUGUUCCCUGCUAGUGAUUUUUAUACCACCACUUCUAGAACACACUGAAUCCAUUCAGAUCUGGUGUAAACUAAGUAUGAGGGAAUUAUUUGAAUGUUUUUUGACCAGUGUAAUUUCAUAGAAGCACUGCAUUUGAAUGUGUUUCGCGUGCAUUUCACUGGGUUUCUGACGAGGCCGGUUGAAUUUAUGAAUGUAAUGUUAGGAUACGUCCACAUGAUUAAAGUUUAAGACGAUUAAAAAAAAAUCUUUGUAAAUAA